AUGCGGGUCCACGCGCGUCGUCAGGCAGUAGCGGGAGGUCAGCCUGGCCGCGCUCGCCUCCUUGUUUUCCUGUGCUUGCUGUUCGUUGCUUGCUGUGUCACAAAGUUAACAUGCGGAUCUGAGGUUCUUGACCAUCCUGUGGCUGUGAAUGUGGAGGAUGAAUUCACGAUGGAGUUCGAGGACGCCAUGAUUGACGACGACGAGGAUGUUGAUGAGGAUGAACUCGAUGUGGAUUCAUGGGCUGAUGAGAUUAAUACUCCGGACGCCGUGGCAGUUAGAUUGACGCAGCGGAUACAGCAGGUGUACGCGUUGGUCUUUCGCCUCGUAGCCUCAGCGAAGGCGGAGGACGCAGCAUUCAUGCAAGAGCUGGAACACUACUUUCAUGCGGAAGUCGACAGCGCAAGCUUCGACGCUCUGGGCGGCAUGGAGCUUGCGCGGAUGGACGCAAAGAAGUCUCGUCAACUAGCCAGGGCCGUCGUGACGAAGUUGCGUGCUCUUCUGCGCCAGCUGGAGGAGGUUUCACGCAGUGUUGGACCAGCAGCAGCAAACACCGUUAGGGAGAUGGUGCGAGAGGGCCAGGCGCUGUGCGAAUCUCUGUCGGAAAACUUGACGGAGGACGAAGCCAGGAGCGCAGCGGCAGAAAUGGUACAGGACGAGCUGCGGAAGUCUUUUGUUCGAACGGCAGCGGGAAUGGGUGGAGAGGACGGUGACGGUGGCGAGCGCCAGCCGGUAACUUUCGAGGACGCUGAAGGAGACACCCCAGAAGAAGGAAGGGAAGACGGCGAGGCGAACGCAGUGGACAAACAGGACGGAGACUUCCAGGAAGUUGCACCAGAACGCAGCUGA